AUUACGACUGGUAACAGCAAACGGUGAAUAUUGUAUACAUCUCAGUCACUGACGGAAUUUAGAUCGAAUCGGUACACACGUUUUCAUUAAGCGCGCUCAGCGUAAUAGUUAAAGAAAAUUGAAUGAAACAACGAGAUUCUUUGAUCGAAUAACUAGGCUUCGCUUUUGUGUGUAUACAACAUUAUUAUACAUAGUCAAUUGACGGAUGAUUCGAAUAUAUUUAUAAAUUGCGAUGCAAAGUAUGAAAAUUUAAUUUACGUUUUGAAAUUAAUUAGUUUCUGUGUCCUACUUAAAUGCGUAUACAUUAUUGAUAAUUCAAAUUCUAAAGUGAUUAACUGAAAAAAAAAGUUGGAUUUUUUUUGCUAUUAUGCAAAAACAACAGUGAGCUACAUAGCACAAGCUGUUAGAUAUAAGUUAGACUGUGUGUUCUAUUGAGAAAUACAAAAUUUGUUAUAAAUCGGUUUAACAUUUUCGCCAGCAAAUUUAUUUUUGUUUGUUAAUCGAUGACGUGAAAUUCAUAUUUUAAAAUGCGAUAACAAAAAAGAAACGAAUUUAUAAAAAUAUCACGCUAAGUGCUAAAUGGAUGGCCAUUAGUAACAAUAAAGAUACUUCUGUCGCAGCUGACAAUGAAGCUGAUGGAAAGACACAGAAAGAAGCAGAAAUUUAAAAUAAAAAUUUAUUGAAAUUUACUUUACUGUGUUUCGCAACACCAAAACAUCGAAGCACAACGACAAAAUUGUAUCCGAAAGUCUUUUAAGAUAAAAUCUGGAUAAUCUCUUCGAAUAAGCUUCGCGCACACAACAAAAUUAUAACAAAAAUACAUUGUAUAUGUGGCCAUGAAUACACCAAAGAAGUCUCGUAAAUCUGAAUGUUGUAGCGUGAAUUUUGUCAGUUGCGUUCUUCACAUCUUCAACUUUAUUUUCUUUGUCUCCGGUGUUCUAGUUUCGGCUGUUAGUAUAUGGACGUUAUUUUGGAAACAUCAAUAUGUUUCUCUUCUACCAACACCAAGUUAUCUCAUCGGAACUUAUUCGCUACUAGGAGCUGGUUGUCUAAGUGUUUUUGGUAGUUUUAUGGGGCUAUGCGGAAUUUGCCGGCAGUACAAAACGCUGAUUUUAUGUUACAUCUACCUCUUGCUGAUCGUAUUUCUCUUGGAAGCUACAGUUGGUGGUCUGGCUUAUAUAUACGAGAACCAAAUAACCGAAGAACUCCAAGACUCGUUGAACACAACGUUUCUGGAACACUACGCCAUAGAUGAGGAGAAAACCACUGCCAUAGAUCAAAUGCAACAAGAUUACAGCUGUUGUGGAGCGUUUCGCUUCGAAGACUGGCGGUACAGUCUUUGGUUGAAAUCCGAACGGACCGAUCUACUGCGAUCGACGGAAAAUCGACUAGUUCCCGAUUCGUGUUGCAUAAGCAUGAGGGAUAAAUGUGGCCUACGGGAUCAUCCAAGUAACAUUCCUUACACCGGCUGCAUUUAUAAAUUUUCGGAUGAGCUUCGCGAUCAUUUGAAUAUUGUUGCGGCAGUUGGUUCCGGUAUUUGUGUAGUUAAGAUUUUUGGUAUGAUUAUAGCAAUAGUACUGUACAUCAAAUUAAAGGACGUGAUUCAAUGACAUACGUAUGCGGAUCCAAAUCUAUUCUAUAAAAUAGAGGAUCCCUACAUCGAUGGUAUUAGUGUCAUUUAUGAGCAGGAACAGUGUCCUAUCCAUCCUAGGAAUGUGCGAAUGUGUCGUGAAUCUCAAAAUGCAGAUAGUUUGCAUUUAAUGGAUGUCCCAUUGUAAAGGGAGUGAGUGAAUGAGUGUGUACAUUGUAUUUAUGUAGAACGGGUCAAAAUACUAAUUUUUUUUACUAAUUUAUCAAUUUUAAGUCAAAGUCAGCUUAAUACUUAAGUGUUACAGAGGUGAAUCUUUAGUUAAACUAAUUUAUGUUACUACUUAAUGUCCUCAUGUCGAAAAUACCUCUUUCUGUUGAAAAUUGUUGUAAAUAUAUCAAGACGCGAAGUACAAGUUUUUGUACGAAAUAAAUGAAUAAAACAUUGACAUUACAAUCGACUCUUUUCUGUGU